GACCACUAGCUCACCAAUCAGAAUCCAGCACUUUGUGAGACAGGAAGUCCUCAUACACGGAUCAAACCGGAGACACCUAUCAUUGAGGAAUUCUCCGCAAUAUUUAGAGAUUUUUCCCUUCUUUGUAUUCCAAGCUGAUGAGAUGGAAAACAUGGUGACAGACAGCAGGGAUCAACCACAGACAGAGUUCAUCUACUGCUGUGGAGCGAACACGGAGGUCCUGAAAUUUGGCUCCCGUCAGUUACAUUCAGGACACAAACUCCUAUUUCUUGUCAUUCCAGGAAAUCCUGGCAUCGUGGGCUACUACAGAACCUUCAUGCUAACACUUCAUAGCAUGUUUGGGUACCACCACCCAGUGUGGGCUGUAAGUCAUGCAGGUCACUGUGUACCUCCAGACUCCAUGGACAUGGUAGAAGAUGCUUCCUUGGCAGCAGAGCAGGAUGUGUUUGGUCUGAAUGGACAGAUUGAACACAAGCUGGCCUUCCUCAGGAAACAUGUUCCUAGAGAGACCAGCCUGGUCCUAGUUGGGCACUCCAUCGGCUGCUACAUUAUUCUAGAAAUGAUGAAGAGAGACCCUGAACUCAAGAUUCUGAAGGCUGUCAUGCUGUUUCCAACCAUUGAGCGGAUGGUUCAGACCCCUCAGGGGAAGGUCAUGACCCCUGUACUGUGUCACAUGCGUUAUGUGGCCUACCUGCCAGUCUUCCUGCUCUCUCUGCUGCCUGACAGACUGAAAGGCAGCCUGAUCAAACUGGUGUUUGGUGGCAUUCGCUCUCUGGACCUCAGUGUAAUCCGACCGACUGUAGGUCUACUCAGUGGUGACUGUACAGCCAAUGCUAUGUACAUGGGUGGUCAGGAAAUGAAGAAAGUUCUGGAAAGAGACAACAUAACCAUCAAGAAAAAUCUUGAAAAGCUUAUAUUUUAUUAUGGAACCACAGACCACUGGUGCCCUGUGCAGUAUUAUCUCGACAUCAAGCAGGACUUCCCACAUGGAGAUAUCAGACUGUGUGAAAAAGGGUUCCGCCAUGCCUUCGUCCUGGAUGCAGGAAGAGACGUUGCCAAAAUGGUGGCAGAAUGGAUCCGUGGAGAUUUAAGGACAUGAGUGCUUUCAUUUAUUCACAUACUCAUGACAGUGACGAUAUUCUUUUAAAUAAUAGAGAUAAUAUAAUGACUGAAUAUACAUCGAUGUUUCGUUCCGGGAAUAUAUCAAAUAUUCACUUUAAUAUAUAUUAUAUUUGUAUAGGCCUAAUGAUGUAAGUUGAUUUGGAAUUGGAUAGAAAAAAAAUAAACUCAAAUCUGACAGCUGA